AUGGGGCAUUGCAGCAAGGAAGAGGAGGGCGGAGCAAGCACCGCGGAGGGAGUCCUGCCCGACGACGCCAAGGAGAUGACACUGGACGAGUACAAGAAGGAGCAGGAGCAGAAGCGCUCGCGGGCGAGCUUCAACAUCCGCAAGCCCGGUGAGGGCGAGGAGAACGCCGAGUGGAAGAAGAUGUAUGUGCUCAAGAAGAAGAUCAACGAGGAAGGCGAGGAGGAGGAAGAGGAGGAGAGCGAGGACGAAGACGAGUAUGCUCGGCGCGGCCGCCAGCGUCAGCUCGUCGACAUCGAGAUCAACUUUGCGGACCAGCGCCGCAGCCGGGGGGGCCGCGGACGCGGCGGAGGCCUCGGACGCGGUGGACCGGGAGGUCCCGGCGGCCCCGGGCGCGGGGGCGGACCCAGGGGACCCCCCGGAGAACGGGGCCCUCCGGGCGAGAGGGGCGGACCCCGCGGAGGCGGAUUUUCGGGUCCCCGCAGCCCCAGGGAGCUGCCCCAGGGCGGAAGCGGGCCCGCGGCCGGACCCAAGCAGUCGGCGCCCAAGGUCGACGACUGGAACGACUUCCCUUCCCUGGUGGCCGCCUAAGACCCCGCGCUCCGACCGGGAGCGGAUCCACCAGAUCGGAGACAGAAGCGCGCGUCAAGGACGACCAUUGUCACUUGCGCUACACGAGUUUUUUGGCGCCUGCUAUCGAGGGUCGUUCGUUCCUUUCUCCCCCCCUCCUACAUGCCCCCUCUCUCAAACUGUUUUUUUUUCCUCCUUUGAUCUUUUCUCUCCCCUCUUUCCUCUGUGUUUCUCUUGAGACCUUUGACUAGCGUGUGCUUGCGCCAGAGUGCUGCAUCUGUAUGUAUGCGUGUGUGUGAGUGUGAAUGUCUACACUUUGCUUUUUCCGACUACUUGAGAGCAAAAGGCUCUUGAUUCUCUGGGAGGGCGGAACUGAAGAGCUGGUGUUCAAGAAAACCCUCACUGAUUUUUUUUUUUUUUUUUUUUUUUGUGGUGUCUAAAAAAAAUUUAUUUUCUGUUUUUGUUUUUUCUUGCAGAGUUUGUUGCACCACAUGCUCUUUUUGUGUAUGUUACACAGCUAAAUACAGUAGCGGGUUUUCUCUGUGCGUGUGUGAGUGAGUGUAGUUAAUUAUUUCUUGCGUGCGAGAGUGAGUGGUUCCCUUUCUCUGCGUUUUGCCAGUCUGGUCCUUGCUCCCCUUGGGAAGUUGGCGUGUAGUGUGUCCAAAAGUUUGAUCGUGAACAAGAAAAAGAGGUGCAGCCUUCUUUUUUUUGUUGUUGGGAUGGAACCGUAUUAGGGCUAGGGAAUUGUGCGCACAUCUUUCCUUUUCCUCCACUCUGCUCUGCAAUAAGAGUACAAAAUUAAGCAGUGCCCUUUUAUUUUCUUUGUUUCGUCUGACUGGGUUGUGAAUGUGAAGGGACAUGGUGGUUUUACUUGGCCUUUGACCUUCUUGAACCUUAAAAAAAAAGUAGCCCAAGAUGUCUUUUUUUUUUUUCCCCAUUUGGUUUAUUUGGGGAAUGAGGGGAAGAGAGGUCUGCAUCUGCCAGCGUUCAUUCUGACGACUGACGCAAAAUGGUGAAGAAAACCAGAGUGUUUCUUUUGAGUUGCUCGUUUGCCAGGCUAGCCUUAUUUGGGCUACCCUUAUAAGGCUGCCCCCAUCAUGCUACUACCCCCCCGAUCCUGUCUCAGUUGUGGUUUGUCUCGACGGGACGUUUGGGGGGGGGGGGGGGGGGGGGUUGACACGACCCCUUUUUAUUUGUUCUACCACAAGUUUUCUUUAGUAGAUCAAUACCGGGGCCCCGAAUGAGUCGCAGUGGGUGUCUCAUCUGGCGGAUGUGGUGGCAGCACAGAGUUGCUCUGGUUCUCACUGUGGGGAGGAGGGUCUUGUUUUUAUUUGAUGGGGAGGGGGAUGUGAAGGCGGGGGAAGUCGUUGAAUAAACGUCAUAGACAGUUGUA